AUGGAUCUCCAGACUGGCCGUUGCCUUUGUCUCUCACUCAGAUCCCAGCUUAAUUCUUCUCAAAGGUGGGAAAAUGCCACUUUUCCGCGCAGACGCACUCUGCAGGAUCCGCAGAGCUUGUGCGAAUCUUCAUUCACAGCUGUGAAGCUGAAGAGGAAGGGUCGCACAGCCGAUGGCCAUUCAUGCGAUUGCACAGACAAGCCAAAGAAGAAGGCAGAUGUUGCAGCUUCUCCCCUGAACCUGUUCGGUAGCAAGGAGAAGAAGGGCACAGAGCAGAUAGCCAAGGAGCUCGAGCGUGAGCGACAGCAGGCAGAAAGAGAGAACGCGGACAAGGAGAUGGCUACUGCGUUCGGUGAGUUCGAAGGGGCCAAAGAGCACUACGAUAAGGCAAUCUCAGAGGUGAACUCUGCGUGGAAAGCCUUUCUCGAGCAGCAGCCGAAGUAUGAGACAUCCUUCUGGCUGCUGAAGGCCAUGCAUGAUUCUGAAUGCAGAAAGCUCAUGGAGGACCACAACGGAGCCAUGGCGGACUGCCACAAGAACUGGCUGACUGCCCGAGAGGAGUACUUUGCGCGUGCUCGAGUUCCUCAGUGUGUCCAGGGCGAAGAACCCGCCUUUGAGUUCCAGGUUUCACCGCUUCUCUCUGUUCUGGCUCCACUACUCUUCUCAGCAGGAGCACAGGAGAAGAGCAGCAGGCUCACACACUUCUUGUGA